AAAUAGCCGGUGUUUACAUCUGAGCAUUGCGUGAUACAUAGAAGGAGAUGACUGGAGAGCCUACAGAUCAAACCACCUCUAAAUUCCCAUUCCCUUAUCAGCCAUAUAAAAUCCAGGAGGAAUUCAUGACUGAGCUGUAUAAGGUCCUGGAAGCUGGGAAGGUUGGCAUAUUUGAGAGCCCAACAGGAACGGGGAAGUCUUUGAGUUUGAUCUGUGGUGCCCUCUCUUGGCUACAUGACUUUGAGGAGAAGAAGCGCCAAGAGGAAGCUCAAGUAUUAUGUGAAAAAGACAAUGAGGAGAAAGGGAAGGAAGAGCCGGAAAAGUCACUCCCCAAAUCUGUCUCAGAACCUGAUUGGAUAACCCAAUUUGUACAGAAGAAAGAGGAAUUGGAUAUGAAGAACAAGAUAAAGGAGGAGCAGCUACGAAGAAAGAAAAGAGAAGAACGUCUGGAGCAGAUUCGACAUAAUGUGCAGCUGAAGUUUGCUUCCAAAAGGAAGAGGGAAGAGGAAGAUGAGACAAUGCGUCUUCUUCAGCUCAGUCAGGCGAUACUGUCUUCAGGAGAAAAGGAUACAGCUCAGGCUCUUGAUCCUGGAGAGGAAGACCUGCUUCUUGCUGAAUAUGAAAGUGAUGAUGAGAAGAAAAAGGGUCUUGAGCUGGAAGAAGAUGACGACGAUUUGGAAGAAGAACAUGUAACCAAGAUUUAUUAUUGCAGUCGAACACACUCACAACUCUCACAGUUUGUUCAUGAAGUUCAGAAGAGCCCUUUCUUCAAGCAGAUUAGGCUGGUGUCUCUGGGAUCACGGCAGAACAUGUGUGUGAAUGAGGAGGUGAGACGUCUUGGUGCUGUGCAGCUCAUCAAUGAUCGAUGCAUGGAGAUGCAGAAGAAUAGAAAUGAAAAGAAAAAUGAGGAGCCAGAAGGAAAGAAGCAACGAGGAAGCCGGCUUUCUUGUCCUUAUUAUUCAUAUGAACAGAUGCAAUUCCUCCGUGAUGAGAUACUUGUUGAAGUUAAGGACAUUGAACAAGUGGUGUCAAUAGCCCGGGGGGCCAAAGCCUGUCCAUACUAUGGAAGCCGCUUUGCUAUACCUAAUGCCCAGCUGGUGGUGUUACCGUAUCAGAUGCUUCUCCACGAUUCCGCUAGGCAAGCAUCAGGGAUAAAGUUGAAAGAUCAAGUGGUUAUUAUUGAUGAAGCACAUAAUCUGAUAGACACCAUUACCUGCAUGUACAGUUCUCAGAUCUCUGGAUCCCAGUUGUGCAGUGGACAUGAAAAGUUGCUUAAACAUGUUCCUCGUUACGGGGGCCGCCUAAAAGCAAAAAAUCUGAUGUAUAUAAAGCAGAUCCUGUUCCUACUGGAAAAGUUUAUGGGCGUUCUAGGAGGAAACUUGAAACAGAAUCCAAACUUUCAGACUGUACCAAAAGAUGGUACAACUAUGAAAUCCAUCAAUGAUUUCUUGUUUCAUAGUCAAAUCGACAACAUCAAUCUCUUUAAGGUUCAAAGGUAUUGCCAGAAGAGUAUGAUAAGUAGGAAGUUGUUUGGCUUCACAGAAAAAUACAAAGGACUGGAGAGUGCUCUUCCUCUGAAAGAGGGACAAAAAUCUGUUGGACUACAGCAAUAUCUGCAGGAUCUGAGCCAAAAAAGACAAGCUUCAGGAGUCCCUGAAAUUCUUCAAGAAGAAGGUGAAAAUGGUCAUCUACGGGUAGCAUCUCCACUGAUGCAAAUUGAAGGGUUCCUUUCUGCGCUGACCAAUGCCAAUAAAGACGGAAGAGUUAUCCUCCAGCUGCAAGGCACUGUUGCUCAAAGCAGCCUGAAGUUCCUAAUGCUCAACCCAGCUGUACACUUUGCAGAGGUCCUGAAGGACUGUCGUUCUGUCAUCAUUGCUGGAGGGACCAUGCAGCCAGUUGCUGAUUUUAAACAACAGCUUCUGAUAUCAGCUGGUCUAAGCCCAGAUAGAAUUAUAGAGUUCUCGUGUGGUCAUGUGAUACCCCCUGAAAAUAUUCUACCCAUAGUGCUCUGCAGUGGACCAAUGAAUCAACAACUGGAAUUCACAUAUCAGAAAAGAGAUCUUCCUGAAUUGAUGGACGAGACAGGCCGAAUUCUAACUAAUUUGUGUAAUGUUGUCCCUGGUGGACUGGUUUGCUUCUUUCCUUCUUAUGAGUACCAGAGGCGUGUUCAGGAUCAUUGGGAAAAGACUGGACAACUAAAGCGUCUGGAAUUAAAGAAGAAGAUAUUUCAGGAACCAAAGAAAGCCAACCAAGUAGAGCAGGUUUUAUCAGAGUAUUCCAAGACUAUCAAGCGCUGUAUUCAGUUUGGGGGGCCUCUGACUGGAGCUCUUUUGUUUUCUGUGGUUGGAGGAAAAAUGAGCGAAGGAAUAAACUUUUCUGAUGAUUUGGGACGUUGUGUUGUGAUGGUCGGAAUGCCCUUUCCCAAUAUUCGUUCUCCAGAGCUCCAGGAAAAGAUGUGCUACCUGGAUAAGACCCUGCCCAAGACAGAUGGUAUAUCUCCAGGAAGGGUUCUAAUUGAGAACCUUUGCAUGAAAGCCGUAAAUCAAUCUAUUGGACGAGCUAUCCGGCAUCGUGGUGAUUAUGCUAGCAUUGUGCUGUUAGAUCACAGGUAUUCCCGUCCUAACAUCCUCAGCAAGCUGCCCCAGUGGAUUAGGAGCAGCACUCAAAUCAAAUCCGAAUUUGGCCCAGCAUUUGCAGCUCUACGAAAGUUUUUCCAGCUAAAGAAGACUAAUUCUGUUGCUGAUUCAUGAUGACAAGUCAAGAAGAUUUCUGCUGUGACUCCUAUCUGUACUUUUGCAGUAUUUUCAUAUUGGUAUUAUUUAUAAAAAAUAAAUGGUUUCCUAUAUAUAUAUUUUGUUAUCACUUUAACAUUAAGUUUCACUGUUUUUCUCUUCCUGUGUCAUAUUUAGAUGCUUGGAAGGCUGUAUCAUACUCCAUUAAAAAUGUAUUUACUUCCUAAA